AUGUCUACACCUCCCCAUGCGGUCGACCCAAAUGACCUAGGCCACGGACCUUUAGUAAUGGGCGUGACUUGGACAUUCUGUACCGUCGCUAUUAUCGCUGUCAGCGUUCGUUUUUGGGUCCGUGUUUCUGUGACCAAAAAGUUAUACGUUGAGGAUUGGCUCAUGUUACUGGCUGCGGCCCUCAACCUCGUCUGCCAAUCUUGUCUCACUGUGUGCUUCACCUACGGCUUCGGUAAACACGACAAAGCUCUAAACUUCAAGCAGGCGGUUGGCAUCGCCAAAUGGAUAUGGAUGUCAUUUACACCUGGUAUUACGUCCUCAAUCGUAUCCAGGAUCUCAAUAUGCAUACUUCUCGUCCGUAUCUUUGGAGUCCGGGUGUGGCUCAAGUGGUUGUUGAUAGUACUUACUGUCUUCCAAGUAGCUAUGAGCGUGGCAUUGGCAUUGACUAGCUGGCUACAAGUAAGGCCAGUCGAGGGCUUAUGGAACCCUAAGAUUCAUGCUCAUCGCUUGAGUCCAGAGGUAGUAGCACGGGAGGGUAAUGUGGGGGGAGCCCUCUUCGCGCUUGGAGACUUGUGCUAUGUCUUGUUUCCCGUGAUGAUCGUAUGGAAACUCAAUAUGGCGCUCCGGCAAAAGCUUGGCUUAAUCUUCCUCCUUGCGAUGUCACUGUUUACUAUGGGCUGUUCUAUAGCCAAAGCCGUGGUUGCGGCUAGUGGAACGAAGACUACAGCAGACAAACAGUAUAAGUCCUCCUUAGCCCUUAUGUGGUCCUCAUUAGAGCAGUCAUUUGUUAUCAUCAUGGGUUGUGCCCCGCCUCUGAGCUCGGUAACCAAGCUUCAGGUCCCAAUCGCGGAGAGACUUAUUUCGUCAUUACGGAAAUUAGUGAGCAGCCAGGGGUCAAAGUCUAAGCUGGACAGCGCUGAGGGGCUUGGUCAAAGUAAAAACGGGAUGUACUACGAAUUGGGAUUUACAGGGCAAACUGAGUCUGAGUCCGUUGUUCAGGCCGGGAACACUGAUCUUUCCACUCACCAAACCUACGACUCCAGCAUUGACCCAAAGAAGAUACUCAGGACAGAUAAUUUCAAUGUCAAGUCCGAUCGAGUUGGAGACCCUUGA